UUCUUUUUCUCACGGAUACGUGGAGGUCAUGCAUAUAUAUAACGGAUAUGCACCUUCACAUGCCUAAGCUAAGUAAGUGAAAGCAGUACAAGAGUCGUCGGCGAUAUCUGCCGCGAUCAGCCAACUGCUCGUCUGCUACUACUACGUAUACAACUCUGGUCAUGGCCUGCUUUGGGUUCGACUUAUCCGCGAGGGCGCGCGGCAUCGGCGACGUGUACCAUCCGUUCAACGAGACGGCGGUGCGCGAGAAGUUCAAGGAGUGGAUCCGGCAGUUCGACACCGACGGCGACGGCCGCAUCAGCCGCGACGAGCUGCGCCGCGCCAUGCGCGCCGUGGGCGUGCGGUUCACGGGGAUCAAGUGCAGGCGCGGCAUGAGCCACGCCGACGCGGACGGCGACGGCUACAUCGACGACAGCGAGAUCGACGGCCUCAUCGAGUACUGGGGGAGGCGCCUCGGCCUCGGCGUCGCCGCCUACUAGGGAUCCAGAUACACUUGUUCGCGUACGCACUACGUACCCGGUAACCCGAUCGUCUGUGUGUAUGUACAUAUAUAUAGCUAGCCGGACUGCACAUCGCACGUUCUUUCUCCGGUACAGAUGUGCAGCUAUAUGUCCUCAAAUAUCGAUAGGUACUUGAACUGUGUGUGUUAGCUUCAUAACAGAGAUUAACCAUGCACGCCGACUGGCAAGGACAGACCUUACAGGGCCAAGGUUUGAGCUGAUCACCCAGGCUAUUUUAGCCCACCGGAGGAAAAAUAUCUAAUUCCAUGGGCUUUGGUCUCCUGCCAGCCUUUGUGCAACUAGUACGUGUGAAUAAGAACUAAGCUAAGUUGAUAACCUCGUCUGUAUAAUGGUCCGAGCAACUAAUUUUACUUCUGUAUUUCUUUUA